AUGGCCCUUCUUGUGUAUGAAGUUCAUCCCCACGUAGCAUUGCUGCGUGAAAUCACCGGCGAAAAUUUCGAGGAAUACAUUUUUGAUGAUUCAGACGACGAAAGUUACUUGAAAAGCCUUGACCCCAAAAACUGGAAAGAUCAGGAUCACUAUGCAGUUUUAGGUCUAAGGAAAAAGCGUUUCAAUGCUACCCCAGAUGAUAUAAGAAAAGCUUACCGCAGGAAAAUAUUGGAUCACCACCCUGACAAACGUCGAAGCAAGGGUGAACAAGUUGCAGACGAAAAACAUGAUUACUUUUCUUGCAUUACCAUAGCUUUUGAAAUACUGGGAAAUCCAAGCAAACGUCUUGCGUACGACAGCGUAGAUCCGGUUGCUGUAGACGAUUCAAUUCCAACCUUAGGCGAAAUCAAGUCCAACUUCUUCACUACGUUGGGGAAUUUCUUCUAUCAGAAAUCUAGAUGGUCUAAAAGGCAACCUACGCCUCAUCUCGGAAACAGUCUAACAGAUAUUGAAGACGUCCUUAAAUUUUAUGACUUUUGGGAAGAAUAUGACACUUGUCGUGAUUACUCUUACCUGGAUGAAGAAGAUAAAGAGAAAGGUGAAGAUCGAGAAACACGACGUGCAAUAGAACGACAGAAUCGUUUAGAUCGAGCUCGUCGCAGGAAUGAAGAAGUGGGUAAUGUACGAAGCGUGGUCAUCUUAGCUAAAGAAAAUGAUCCACGAAUUUUAGCCGCUAACAAGGCAGCACGUGAGGCAAAGGAAGCAAAACGUCAAGCUCGUUUAGAUGCUGCACGAAAAAAGAGGGAAUUAGAGGAAGAGCAAAUGAAGCGUGAAGCUGAGGCUGCUGCACAGGCUCGUGCAGCUAGUGAGGAGCGUCGACGUGUAGAGGCGGAACGUAUUCGCAAAGAGCGUGAUUUAAGCCGCAUGGAAGCGAAACGUGAAAGGCGUCAAUUACGAAGUAUCCUUGUCGACCGGUACAAUUAUUUUAUGUCUACCAGUGAGGUUGAUACAGGAUCUCACCAGGUUAAAAUUUUAGCUGAUAUGGAUUUAUUAUGUCAACGUUUGUCUAACGCACAAUUGCAUGAUUUGAAUGAACGCUUGGAAAACACUGGUACAACUGAUCAAGCCCGUGAUAUUUUCACAUCUGAGAUCGAAUUAGUUAAACGCGAGCUGCAAGCAAAUAAUGUUCAAUCUCAAGUGAAAUCAAAGGGUCAAGAGACUUCUGCAACUGAGGGACAAACAAGUUCUUCAAAAUGGACAAACGAAAUGAUUCAGAUUCUUGUCAAAGCAGUCAAUCUUCUUCCUGCUGGAACACCUAAGCGUUGGGAAGCUAUCGCUGCUUACGUGAAUCAGCAUGUUAAUGGUGCCUCUGUAACCGGUAAAGAAGUAUUAAAGCAGGCCAAAUUGUUAAAGGAGGAAGAUUCAACUAUACGUAAAACAGCUAAUACUAAAGCAUUCGAUUCAUUUACUAACACUGUCAAGGAGACCGAUGCUACUAAAAAUGCAGCUAUUACAACUCACCUGGAAGCUGAAGGAUUUCGUCCUUGGACAGUUGUUGAACAACGUGCCUUAGAACAAGCCUUGAAGACUUAUCCAAGUUCUGUUGGAGAUUCUGGUCAAGAUGAUAGAUGGCAGCGGAUAGCAGAUGUUGUUGGCACUCGCACUCGACGUGAAUGUAUACUACGAUGCAAAGAAUUAGCAGAACAAGUUCGCGCUAAAAAAGCUGCACUGGCUGCAGUCAAAAAACCAUCGAGUACAACAGCGGCAGCAUCCGCUAAAAAUAAGCCUUAG